AAAUUGCUUUCAGACAGACUUCAAACGCCAUUCGGCAUGAGGGCAAAUUCGAAGGGGUUCCUGAGUUUGUUGAUCACUCUGCCAAUCAUUGUGGCCUACAGAGAAGAUUUUUUCCCAGACUCGAAUGGCCUUCAAGAUUAUCGGUAUCUCGCCGGACCUCGAUCCAACCCGGCUUCUCCAAUUAACCCUGGGCGAGCCAAAUUGUCCCUCCCAUCUAAUGUGCUGGGCGAAAUCAAUCUCAAGCAACGAACUGGGGGCGGUAAUUUUGGCGAUCAACCUCAAUUUGGACCCGAGGAGUCGCUCAGAAUCCCAAACACUAUCGAUGAGGUGGCAAGAGACUUGAAGCAAGAAUUCGCCCAACGCCACCCAAGCUUUGGUUCAUUCGGCUAUCCAAUGGGCUCGAUGCAAAUGCCAACCGGAGCCCCAUGGACCUAUCCAAUGCCAAUUCCCAUUCCCUACAUCAUGCCCAUCUAUAUGCCUAUGCCUCAAAUGGGUCUACCUCGGCAACCAACGAUGUGGAAAUGAAUAAAUGACUGCCAGCUUCUUACCAUCUUGAUCACGUUUAUGCGGAUAUAAUGACAUGUUCAUAACUUGGGAUAAUAAAUUUGAUUGCCCAA